GUCUUCACCAUCAACACUUCUCAACGAGCGUACUUUAUACACUGAUAUCUGGCAAUGUCUACCAGAAGAGGUGUAGGUCUUGGCGCCUUCACCAACAGAAAUGUUACAGCACAGUCGUAUGCAGCUCAUGGGUCCAGUCUCAAGUCGGCAAACGCUGCUUCGCUCCAGACUCAGCUGGAAGUUUUCCAAUCUCUUUUGCACAACUUUGCCCUCGAACAUGCUACGACCAUCAAAUCGAAUCCGACAUUCCGGGCUGAGUUUGCACGAAUGUGUAACGCCAUCGGCGUGGACCCGCUGGCGGGUAGUAACAUCAAGGGCAAGAAAGCCGAUUCCCUGUGGGCAAAGGUGCUUGGUCACGAUGUGAACGACUUCUACUUCUCGGUCGCUGUGCGUGUUGUAGAGCUCUGCCGAUAUACACGAGCCGAGAACGGAGGACUACUGGGCUUGAAAGAAUGCUGCGAAAGUGUGGCAAAAGGCAGGGCCAUCGGUGGAGGGCUGCAAGUGUCCGAAGACGACAUCGAGCAGGCCGUGAAGUCGUUAGAACCUCUGGGCUCUGGGUUUCAGAUUCUCACAAUUGCGGGCAAACGCUUCAUCCGCUCUGUGCCGAAGGAAUUCAACAAUGACCAAUCCACCGUCCUCGAAGUUUUACAGCUCCUCGGUAGCGUGACCGUUUCACUUCUGACGCUGAAUUUGGGCUGGGAACGAGCACGUGCGGAAACAGUCAUACAAGAUCUGCUGGCCGAUUCCUUAGUCUGGGUUGAUUCCCAGUGUCGCGAACCAGAGUACUGGUCACCCCAAGGCUUGAUUGAUGAGAACGAAUGACUUGCAAGUGCGCAGGUGUCGUGGACUUCUAUUACGAGUAUCACACUAUGCUUCUGUCUAUCAACAGGCAUUAAUUAGACUCCCGAAUGACAGAGCACUACUUUUUGUACUCGUCCUUCAACACCCACCGACCUCGGCCACGGCUUCCUUUUUCAAGUCUCGCGAUCAACUUGAGAGUCUCCUUGAACUCGGCAGUAGCCUGGGGCGUGGUGCAGAACCGAUUGAAGUGAUCAAUCAACAUCUGGGUAUAAACACUUCCACCGUGACUUGAAAGAUAGUCUCGAAUCAACUUCCCAAAGUCUUUUCCUUGUGGCAAAGCAGGCGUGCCAGAUCGAGAAACUGAAGCUGCCGAACCAGACGAUCGUGCUGGGCUUGAAGUUCUGGGCGUUGCGUCGCGGCUUGAUCCCAAUCCUGCCUGUCGUUGUUGCAAGCCAGCGAGGAGACUUGAAGACUGCAUGCCUGCACCUCUGGCGCGAGGCCCCGAACUGAAGGCUCGCUGCGCAGUUGUUUCUUGUGGCCGACCCGAGACUCCAAACUGUCCAGUCCAGGUUGGAGUUCCCACUGGCACGGUUCGAGCCACCUCACCAGCACGCCUAAGCUCCUUCGCAGCUUCCGCAGCCACUCUUCGGGCCUCCUGUUCUACCAAUACUGGAUCUGCCAUGAUCUUUCCCGGCUUUGUACCAUCAAUGAUGGCGUCGUGCUCAACUGCGGAAUGAAUCCCAGAUCUCGCGAAGAUACCUUCCAUCAUUCUCGCCUCGGAAUUGUUCGCUCCCGCCUGGUUGGCUUUUUCUUCCUCUUCGACUUCACCAGCAUAUUGUUCCAUCGAAGAUAUACCAGGCAGCGCCUCUAUUCCUCUAUCACCAGCAGCCUUUGUUUGAGCAUUUGCAUUCGAAGACGUGUCCGUCGGCUUCCCUUCCGAUUUUGCACCGACUUGUACUUGAGCAUCUUUGAAGAGCGCACUGGUUUCAGUGGGUGCUCCAUCAUUUCCAAGAGAGAAGAGGUCGUGGAGGUCGUUCAAAUGGAAGGUCUGUCGCUGUUUAGGAUCCUUCAGAAUCUUGUUUGUCAAGAAUUGCUUGAAGAUUUGUCGAUGGUAAAUUUUUUCUUCGAUUGUACCAGCGGUCAUCAGACGGUAAAUGGUCACCUCACGCUUCUGGCCAAGCCGCCAUGCUCUCUCACGAGCCUGCAGAUCAGUGGAAGGGUUCCAAUCCGGAUCGUAUAUGAUGACUCGAUCUGCUCCAGUAAGGUUGAUGCCAAGUCCACCAACUUUGGUAGUCAGAAGGAAAACGUGGAGAUCAGGGUCAGUGUUGAACUCAUCGACCAUGCUUUGUCGCUGUUGUAUCGGAGUGUUUCCGUCCAUGCGGCGAUACUUGAAGCUUGGUAGGGAUUUGACGAACUUCUCGAGGAUAUCAAGCAUGAUCCUAUGUUGAGCGAACAGAAGUGUCUUGUGACCAGUGUCUCUCCAAAGCUCUAAGAGUGAGCCGACAACUUGCAUCUUGCCAGACUUUGCAGGGUCACCAUAAUUAUAGCCAGCUUUGAUGGAAAGGCGUUUAUGAUCAACGAGAUCGGGAUGGUUGCAGAUUUUUCGGAGGAUAUCAAUUCCAUAGAGGGCUUGACGUUUGCCAUUCAUAAUAGCAUCCAUCUCCCCGGAACCGAUGAAGCGCUUGUACGAACUUCGCUGCAGAGCAGUCAACUUGCAAAAGAGUACUUGUUCACUCUUCUUAGGCAGGUCUGAGGCCACAUCAACCUUGAAACGCUGGAGCAAGUAAGGACUAAUGGCAUCUUUCAAAGUCUCGGCACAUUUGAACGCGGUUUGAACCUGAAGGUUGGAAGCGUUGGCAUAACCACCCUGUCGGAUGGGUAUUUCGAAUUGGUUCCUGAAGUUGACCAGGGUGCCGAGGCGCAUAGGGAAGACAAAGUCAAAUAAUGACCACAAUUCGACCAGGUUGUUUUGCAUGGG